UACACAAUACAUACAAAACGUCCACGACAUUCUUCUUUAAUGUAGCCAAGUAAACUCACUUUAUUUGGGUUUAUUAACUUUGGGCUUUGGGCUUUAGGUGCGGAUAUCUUCACAACUCUGAGUGAGAUGUGCGCUGCGCAGAUUUGACAUUUUGAAGACGCCUAAAUAGGCGGGUUCAUUCAAAAGUCUACUUUGUCUAACAAGCGCUUCAGGUUUGAGCGAGAAUUUUUUGUUGCAAUGUUUUAAAGUGACAUAAAAACUGUAAACAGCGUCAAAAUAACACUCAAAAUAUGUUGUAGUGGAUGGAAGAAAAGUAAGAUUUAACUGCAUAUUGACUGUGUAGCGGAUAAAGUCAGUAAGUUAGCUAGUUACAGCUAAGUACAACUAGCUAACUAGCUAUCUUUAAGUACCACAAAAAAAAAACAACACCACCGUAGACUGACUUUAUUGUUUGUUACAGACUUCGGAUCAUCAGACUGUCCGCUUUCAGAUUAGGUUAAAAUAGAAAAAUCAUAUUCUUCCUUCAUGGACACUUGGGAACUAAAUCCUCACUCAGUGACUCCGGCAGCUAAAGUCCUGGCGAGAUGUGUAGCCUCAGGCACAAUGUCUCAGAAAGAGCUUGAUGAUGUACCACGAGAGCCAGAGAUAUUUUCUUCUCUCCUGCUUCAAACCGAGCAAAUGAAUAAAAUCAAACAAGAGAUUGAUCAGGUGAAAUUGGACUUGGAGCUGCUAAGACUUGAGAAAAAUAGUGCAGAUGUUACUCAUAGUUAUCAUCUAUGUCAGAGAUUUGCGUCUUUGCAGCGGUUCACGUCUCAUCUUCAGGAAGUGCUGAGAGAACAGACCAGUUUGCGCCAAAGGCUUAUGAAACCUCUUUGCCAGCAGAACCUACCUAUUCAGGCCAAUCUUCAGCGAUACGUAGUCACGCUCAUGGCCAUGGUGGUAGAGUUUAUUGAGAAUUUGGAAAUGAAAAUUAAGAUGGUGAACUCAAUUCCAACAACUGAUGAAUCUAUACAUAAUCUGAGUAAUGGGAUGACUCAGCUCCUGGCUCAAGUCACAGAGGUGGAGAGUCUGACAAAGCAAGUUCUUCAGCAGAGUCGCAACCCAAAAGCAAUGUCCAACUGAGAUAAUGGUAGACUGCAGGGCCCAGCCAAUAAAAUGCAUGACACUUUAAUUGUCACUUUUCGAUCACAUUAAAAGUGUAAUUCAUUAAUCAUUGCUUUAUUUACACUUCCAUACUCUACAGUAUGAACGCUGUUGGUUCCUGAUUCCACCUGAAUGUUAAGUAGUUAAAUCAGGUGUUGAAGUACAGGAAAAUACACAUUCUCUGUUAAUGCUUUGUGAUAUGGUUGGGAGGUUUAGGUUUGUUUCUUAAUGUUUAAAUAAAUGUCACUUUUUAAAUGCUAAGAUGAGCUCUCCAAGACAUGGUAACUUGAGAUAAUACCUAAAUGUCUGGACCGUCUGCCGAUCAAUUCUUCAUUGAUGAGCGUGUUUCUGCAAUAAAUAAAUAUGCAUAGCAUAAUCUCUCUCACAAUAUAUUUAAUCUAAAUUUGUGAAAGAUAUGACUUCCAACCUCUUAAACUUUCUUGCACUAGUGCAGACAGCACUGCAGUUUCUGGCCAGCUUUCUUUCCUUGGCAUCUUCCUCUGUGUUUGCUGUUUCAGGUCAUCUAGUUGCAGCAGUUUCUCUGUGAUAUUGCUCUUUGUGCAGAGCUUUUGUGCCUAAAUGCCAUCAGAGUAAGUGAAAUAUGUAGUAAGCUCAAAGCUUUAUGCAUAUGUAUAAUAAGACUUGGUGUAUACUAUUAAUAAAAUGAUCUCAAGUGUCAAAUCAAAAAAACUGAAACUGACUUGCUCUGUUAUCAUGUGGCCCCUGUCCUUGUCCCCAACUAAGCUGUAGCCACAGUGUUGCAUAUGAUCCCCCAGGUGCCUUUGUAAUAAAAAAUGAAAUGUUCAUAUAA